UGGCUGAUAGGUUUCAAAAAUCUCGAAGGACGCAAAACACAACUAUGACCUAAUGUCUCUAUGAUUAUGUAUUUUAUUUUUGAUGUAUUAUCGUGCUCUUCAAUUUGGAGGAAACAAAGAUGGUCCGACUUAAUUAACAAAUGGAAGCGAUUGUGGUACUUUGAACUAGCCAUAUGUAGAUGGACAUGUUAAUCUAUGUAUGAAUUCAGAUCUCCGCAAACAGAAACAGCCAACACUCGUCUGACCUUGAAUUUGUAUGUACGGAACAUGCGUGUAUAACGUGGUACCGCGGGGUGUAACUGGCUAACAGCAAAUCAGCAUCAGGGCUUCUGUUUUCGUGCAUCUGUAACAUCCGUGUUAAAACCCGUUCGUAGUAAACAUGGCAGGAGACAUAUUAGUGCCAAUUUCUGUGGUGACUUUGGUCACCAUGAUGGGCUGCGGUCCUGUGGAAUCGGAAAAUAACUUUUUCGGUCGUGAAUUGUUCGGUGUGAAGACUCCCUAUCUGUGGACAAGGCAGCACAUGGAUAUGACCGACCUGGCGUCCGUACAGUACAAAGGACAGACAUGUAAUGCUGUGUAUGUGGACGGACUGUACAGACAUGGUGCGCGAUACCCAUUGCGUGAAUCAAUUAACGGGAUGUACGAGUUGCGCAAACUGUUAAGUAACGGAAAUGGCAUCGAUCAAUUCGUGGUGAACUGGGUUAGCGCGUUCACAGUCGAGAAAGAAGCCCAAUUGUCUGUUCUUGGCCAGCAGGAAAUGGCCGUUCUCGGCAAGAGACUUGGUUCUCGUUACCAAAGUCUCUUGAAUAAUCAAUUGGACAGGAUCAAGUUUUACUCGUCUAAUAAGGAUAGGACCAAAGACAGUGUGACGUUUUUUCAGAAGGGGUUAGAUACUGCGCUGGGCACCCAUGUCUCGGCAACGACUACUCUGGACAACAACAUGCUGCGUUUCUACGACUCGUGUAAAUCAUACCAGAAACUCUUAAACAACGAUAAGACAUUUGAGGAAUACCACAAAUUUCUUGCCGGACCCGAAAUGAGAGACGUUGUGGCCAAAGUCAACAACGCCGUUCUGAGCGGUCACUCCAACCUGUCAAUCGAUCAAGUUUUGAUGAUAAAAAAGAUAUGUGUGUACGAGCUGGCCUUCUUCAACACAUCGGAUUGGUGUAACUACCUCAGCCUCCAGGAACUGGAGGUGAUGGAUUACGCAGGGGAUAUCUGGAGUAACAUAAUAGGCGGUUAUCGAUACAAGAUAACAUCCCAGAUGUCAUGCCCACUCUUCAAACACGUGUUCAAACAGAUGGACAAAGUGGUAACAGAUGAAUCCGACAGACCCUCAGCCUCGUUCCGGUUUACGCAUGUGGUGCCGGUGUUCUCCAUGUAUACUGCACUGGGCCUGUUUAACGGGUCCCAUACAUUACGUGCGUCGGACUAUCUGGCCAAUGCCGGACGCCAGUUCCGAUCUAGCGUCAUACUCCCGUUCUCUGCCAAUCUGGUCACCACUAUGUACAAAUGUGGCACAGACUACAUGGUGAGAAUGAUGGUUAACGAGGAGGAAGUGGACAUCCCAGCGUGUGGUGCCCCUAUGUGUCCCUAUACAGUGAUGAAGGAACAUUACAAACAUUUUGUUAAUUGUGAUUUUGAUAAAGUCUGUGAAAACCUUGAUACCAACACAGGAACAAGGACUCUGGCAUCCGCAGUGACAGCCAUCUUUUUAUUGGCGCUGUUUUAAAAAAUGUAUACUGUGAUUUAUAUUAACUUCUAUUAAUCACGCUUGUUGGCCCGGAUGGAAGCGUGCGAGGCGUCUUACUGUGGGAGGAAACCAUAGUGCCCGGGGAAAACCCACAAGGUUGAACCCCAUAUCUUUUCAUGUCCGAUCAGGGAAUCGAACCCCGGCCGCCUAGAUGAAAACAAGUGUGCGGUUGUAGUGUAGAUGCCAGAUAUUGUGAAACAGUACUUCUAGAUAUUGUGAAAUAGUACUAAUAGACAUUUCUAACAUAGCCUCAGACGCGAACACCGAGAAUUACUUCGACUGUUUGGGGGGUCAUCUCAAAAUGCCCAAACAGCGAAAUACUAUAGAAUUUUGUCAUAUUUGUUCGAUCAUGAAAAAAUGAAUAAUAAAUAAAUAAGUCGAUAGAUACAUUCCAAAACAUUAAGAUAGUUUUGCAUAUUUUAUUCAUUUUCAACAUUUGAAGAACAUUUUGAACAGUUACACUUGUUAUUGUCAAUAGGAUUUUGAAGACGGUCCGAGAGGUCUGGCCUUGAAUCACCUGAGAUUCUAUAGUGAGCAAGAGGUGCAAUACAUUCUCAAUCAACUUUAGAUGUAUUAAUGAAAAUGAUAAUGAUAGACAUAGACUGUUGGCCUUUAUAUUCCUAUCUUAAAUAAAUGAAAAAAAUACGCUUAAUUUACCGCAUGCCUUAUUUUAUCGAAAUAGUCUUUGGCGUCGUACGGCAAACGCAGCACAAAUGUCGACGACGGAAGAUAUAUACCAUCUAGGAGGGCGCCACAGCAUUCCGUUUACGCGGUAAAUUUUCAUUUUUCUGUUGGCAUACUCCAUUUUUACUCUGUAACUGUUCAAAAUGCAGACGCUGCCUAAUGUUUCUUUGCAAAAUCUGUUGUCUGUAGGGUGAUGUAAAUGGAUAAACAUUUGGAAAGAUUUUGUCUCCAAGUAUCACACAAUUAUCCUGAAAAUCCAAAUCCAUGAUUGGUAAAAAAAAAAAAAAA